CAGAGUUACUCAGUCGAAUCCAGUCCAUCAAACUGUGGCCAGGUGCUAAUGCUGUUUUAUUUCGAGGAUUGCCUGUGAACAGUGAAGAAGAAACAUUUAUUACGAUUCAUCGUCGUCUUUCCAGGGCAGUACAGUAUGGUAUAACGUACGUGCCGGUGAAGGCGUGAGCAGAACACGGCAAGCGACGACCGACGGCCGACGGCAAGCAGUAGUGUCAGUUGCAGUUGAUUUCAAGUGGCGAAAAAAGCUGUGUGGUACGAGUUCCGACUUUACGUUGUUGAUGAGGCGUGACUUAAAUCUAUUUUCUGUCGGUGGGGUGUCGAACAAUACCGUUUCCCUCGUUGGCUCGCAGCAGGCUUCUCCAGUCUACUUAUUAAAUCAUCCACUAUUAUAAAUGACAACAAAGAGUAAAUCUUAUAGCAGAAUGCAGUCCCAAGGAAAAGUAUUAAGCGUAAUUCAUAGAUUGAUAGAAGUCAUUGCUAGGAGAAUAUAUCUGUUCAUAGCAUUCCUAAAGGGACCUGCUCAGUCUCAACCACCUAUAAAGGAUUUAACACUUUUACAUAGUGCAACCACUUUAGCCUUUAAAAUUCGAAAUAAGCAGUUAUCUUCAGAAAGUGUAGUACAAUCAUAUAUAGAUAGGAUAAGAGAAAUUCAACCAGUGGUAAAUUGUGUAGUGGAGGAACGCUUCGAAGCAGCUCUCAAAGAGGCAAAAAAGUGUGAUGAACUCCUGAAGUCUCAGAAUGCUCCAUCUCCUCAAGAUUUAGUAGAAAAAAUGCCUUUCUUUGGAGUACCUUUUACAACAAAGGAUUGCAUUGCAAUUGCCAACAUGAAACAGACUGCUGGUUUAGUUGCUCGUAAGAAAUUUGUUUCUAAACACGAUGCAGAAGUUAUAAAACUAAUGAAAGCUGCUGGGGCUAUACCUUUGGCAACGACAAACAUCUCAGAAUGCGCAAUGUGGUGGGAAACUAGCAAUUGCAUAUAUGGCACUACAAAAAAUCCGUACAACACAAGGCAUAUUGUCGGAGGAUCUUCCGGAGGUGAAGGCUGCAUACAAGCAGCAGCUGGGUCACCACUGGGAAUAGGAUCGGAUAUCGGUGGCUCUAUCCGUAUACCAUCUUUUUUCAAUGGUAUUUUCGGACACAAACCUUCUAAAGGUUUAGUGUCGAACGAUGGCCAGUAUCCGAGUGCUCAUAGCAAAGAACAAGAUAGCUUGCUUUCUAUUGGUCCAAUGUGUAGAUAUGCGCAAGACCUGAUGCCCACUUUGAAAGUCCUUGCGGAUAAGAACAUAGAUAAAUUACGGUUAGAAGACAAAAUAGACAUUUCUAAAAUCGAGUUCUAUUAUAUGGAAGACGACGGUGGUCAGUUUUUAACAUCCCCGGUAGAUGUGGAAAUAAGAGAUGCCAUGAGGGCGGUGGUUCGUUACCUCGAGAAAGCACAUAAAACUAGGGCAACCAAACUCAGUAUUAGAAAAAUGAAGAAAAGCGUCGCUCUCUGGAUGGCAAACAUGAGUUGCAAGGAUAAGAAAGAUUUUACCUACGAACUGACGAAUAGAAAUGGUCACAUAAAUCUUUGGUGGGAACUCGUAAAAUGGGCAACAUUCAUGAGCAAUCAUACGCUUAUAGCUCUCCUUACUGCUGCAUUCGAAAGGUUCGGAGUGAAACGGGAUAGCGAACAGCACAAAAAGCUGAUACAAGAAAGUAGGGACCUUUAUCAAGAAUUUCAGGAAAUCUUGGGUGAUAACGGCGUGUUUUUAUAUCCUACUCAUCCAACCGCUGCACCGUUACAUUUCGAGCCACUGAUUAAACCGUUCAACUUUUCAUACACUGCGAUCAUUAAUGUACUGGGGCUGCCUGCCACUGCUUGCCCUUUAGGUUUGAACAAACAAGGUCUUCCCAUUGGCAUACAGAUUGUCAGUGGCCUAUAUCAAGAUCGCUUAACGAUAGCAGUGGCAGAGGAAUUGGAACGAGGUUUUGGAGGUUGGGUUCCACCUGUUAUCCUAGCUUGAGAGUUCCGUUUGUUGAACAGUAAUUCAAUGCAUUGUACAAUGCAUACAAACUCAAUAAUGCCCUGCCAUUAUUUGUUUUCAACAAAUAAUUUACAUCCAGAUGAUUUCAUAGCCCAAAAUCGUAAGGAACAGUACAAACACAUAUACAAAAGGUAGUUGUUCACAUUUCAGUAUACCAUGUUCACUGUAGGCGUAAGUAUACGUAAUACGAGAAAUCAGUAUCGAUCUUAUAAUCGAUGAAUAUAAAUUGCAUUACAUCAAGCAUGAAGUCGUAAAUUAAAUUGAGUCAUAAUCCUAAAUAAAACUCGAAUCAGAGAACGCCUACUUUCCAUGAUUAUAUAUAUUUAUAGAUUGGUGUUGAAAGGUUCUUUUUUGUAACAACAGUUAAUGUCUAUGCAAGUAAUAACAUUUGUACAUAAGCAAACUAUCAUAUUAUAUUUGACUAAUGUUUUUUAUAUACCUCAUCUUAGAUUUCUGUGUAGGAUUUUAUAUUUUCAUAUGAAUCGAGAGAAAGAGGGGGAGCGCAUGUAUGUGUGUGUGAGAGAGAGAGAGAGAAAAGGUAAUAAGGUAGCAGGGUGCUUUCGGUAAUGUGAUAAAGUAUUAAAAGAUUCUAUGUUUAUAGUGUGUAAUUGAUGUUAAAAUCGUAUACAUAUAUAUUUUAUGUACUAAAUCAAUAAAUUUAUAUUCCAUUA